UCGUCGCGAUGUCGCGCUCGGAUGAGCAAAACGCCGCGGAGGAGGAGAGCGAGGAGUCGAUCUACGCGGGCGCGCUGCGGCACCGGCCCGAGCCGCUCGGUGCGCUCGCGCAGACCACGCGCUUCAGCGAGCACGAGAUCAAGCUCAUGUACCGCGGCUUCAAGCAGGAAUGUCCUUCAGGCAUGGUGGACGAAGAGGCCUUCAAGAACAUUUUCUGCCAGUUCUUCCCGCUAGGAGACGCAUCGCAGUAUGCGCACUUCGUGUUCAACUCCAUCAAGCACAAGCAGAGCGGGAAAGUCAACUUUGAGGUGAGAGAACACUUAAGGCAAUGA